AUGUGCUGUUCAAGGCUUUUCAAGGCACCAAGAAUACAGUUAAUCUCUCAGAAAGUUCAGUGGCGCGUAAUCUGCCAGCCUACAUCUUACCUCCACCCAUGGCCAUAUCAGGAGAAUAGCCUGCUUAACAAUCCCAUACGAACGAGGAAGGCCCAGCACGGAGUCGCUCUUUUUCACCGCGCUCACUGCGGUCCUCGCUGCGGUGGUAGGAGCCAACUCUACCAAGCCAUAUACUACUUGGCUGUAGACGUUGCAGACAGAUGGACAGUGGCCUUGAUGAGGAUAAGAUUUCCCGAAAAGAAUGGCAACAAGUCUCUGUAUACGCAAAGUGGCAGGAAGACCUGGACAAGGUUUGAGGAGGGCGGCAACGUGGGCGCCUUGACAGCAUCGCUUUCCGCGCUUCAAGCAUUUGCUCUCUGCUUCCCCAACAUCAUUAUCUUCCUUGGCCUAGAGGAUCCGACACAUGAGCGAUAA